UGGAAGCCAUUCUUCUAUAUCACAAAAAUCCAAGUCAUAGAAACUUGAAGAACAUCGAUCUUGUGAAAUAUGGCUUCCAAGUCUGCCCUUGUCCUCUGUGUCAUCAACCUCCUCUUCUUCACGGCGGUAACCUCCACCUACGUGCCGUGCCCGCCGCCGCCACAUCAUCACAAAAGCCCUCCUAAACACUCACCAAAGAGCCCAUCAAAGCCAUCACCAUCAGGAAAGCAGCCAAGUUGCCCUACAGACGCCCUUAAGUUAGGUGUCUGCGCCGACGUGUUGGGUCUCAUCAACGUUCAGCUCGGCAAGCCGCCGAAGACCCCUUGCUGUUCCCUCAUUCAGGGCCUCGCCGACCUCGAAGCCGCCGUGUGCCUCUGCACCGCCCUUAAGGCCAAUGUCUUAGGUAUCAACCUUAACCUUCCCAUUAACCUGAGCUUGAUUCUCAACUACUGCGGCAAAGGCGUUCCCAAGGGCUUUCAAUGCGCCUAAUUCAGCAGAUCUGUAUCAGUAUCUUCACUACUCUACUGUACUGUGAUUUUUCUUUUCCUUUCUUUUGGAUUACAUCGUCAAGUUCUAUAGUUUAUUAAUGGUAUUUUUGUAAUCUUGUUUUGUUUUUCAUUCUUGAUAUGGUUGGAAGGCUCCUCACCUUCCUCCUGGUUAUUUUCUUCCAUUAUGUAAUCUCUGGAAUUCUUGGUGACAAUUAAAUUGCAUCAAUAAAAAGUCUAUACUUUUGUGUUCUAGUGA